GGGCGAAGGGCGCGGGGCCCCCUUUUUUUGAUUCGGGAGAAGCGGCACCCUCGAUUCUUCUCUAGGGUUAGGAUGUGGAAAUUGUGCCCGGCCGAUGAGACCGGAGGAGGACAGUUAUAUCGGUUUUUAGUUGGUGUUGAGUAUGUUGUUGGACGAAAGAAUUGUGGAAUUUUAAUUCAAAAUGAUCAGUCAAUCAGUCGAAGUCAUGCAGUUCUUUCAGUUAAUCAUCCCCAGGUGAACCUUAGUCAAUCUUCAUCAUUUCCUGAAUUAACUUUAAAAGACACUUCAAAAUAUGGUACCUUUGUUAAUGGAGAAAAGCUACACAAUGGUAAUACCAUAAUAUUAAAUACUGGUGACAGAAUCACUUUUGGAGUUUUUGAAAGCAAGUACAGAGUGGAAUAUGAACCACUGGUAGUGUGUUCUUCAUGCUUAGAUGUUUCACAGAAAAAUAUUUUAAAUAAAAAUAUUCUUCAGCUGGGUGGCCAUGUAGUAAAUGAGUGGAAUGAAGAUUGUACCCAUCUUGUUAUGAUUCUGGUCAAAAUUACUGUGAAGACAAUAUGUGCACUGAUUUGUGGUCGACCAAUUAUGAAGCCAGAAUAUUUUGAUGAAUUAAUCAAAGCCAUUCAAGCAAAGCAACAAUUACCACUGCCUGAAAGAUUUUUUCCACGAGUUGAUGAACCAAGUAUUGAGAAUGAAAAUAUAGAUCUUACCAAGUAUCCUAGAAGAAGAACUAUUUUCAGAGGAAAAUCUUUUAUGUUUCUAACGGCAAAACAGCAUGCAAAAUUGAAUUCAGCAAUUAAGCUUGGAGGAGGAGAGGCAAAACUGUUGACUGACAAAACAGAAGAUGCUGCUGCUUUAAUAACAUCUAACACUUGUGUCAUUGAAGUAGGAUCUACAAACUCCCAACCAUCAGUUUCUACUUUGGACAAAAAAUGGAUUGAUAACAUCACAGCUGCCUUGCAAAGGAAAAACUACAGAACAAUUUUAGAAGCAGAAAUCGGUUUAGCAGUUAUUUUUGCAUCUACAGAAAAAUACUGUAACCCUCAAAUUUCAUCCAGUGGAGAUAUAAAAACUGCUACCAUAGCAUCCCGUGUCUCUGAACAAAGUCAGUCUCAGAUUGUGGCAGUGGAGGAAACAACAAUGGCUUCCAACCAAGAGGACAGCAAUGCAUAUGUAGCUGACACAGAAAUGGAUGAAGUGAUGGACACAUUACUUAUUGAAUUAUCACAAGAGAAAACAAAGACAGAACCGCCUGUCAUCCAGUCACAGGAUAUUAUUGUUAGGGAGACUCCAGAAGGAACAAGCAGUGUAAACAGAGGAAAAAUCCUGCCCGAGCUGAAGAAGACACACGGAGCUGACUUCACCAGUCUAGCAUGCUUAUCUUCUGAAAUUUCAAGUCACAGCAGGAACAGAGAGAAAGAUUCACAGCAACUCGGUUCAAUUAAAAAUUACUUUCAGGCCACUGCUAAAAAAAGAGAAAGGAAUGAGGAUGUAGAAACACCAUUAUCAAAGCAUGCAAAGAUGGAGAAGAAGUCGUCACAGGUUUCCCAUCAAACAUCAUCUGUACCUUUUUUGCUAAGGGAAAAUAAUAUGGAUUCUCAGAAAGGACAGUGUGCAGCAACACAAGGAGUGAGUGACUCAAACAUGGACUCAAGAAAAUCUUUAAUAGUGGAAAAUAACAAGUUAAAGCAAACAGGAAUGGAAAGUAUUCCUGUUGAAACGCCUGCAUCAAAGAAGAGAAAAAAAAUAGAAGACUUUGUUGAAGAUGAAGCUUCGUUAGAACUUGUAUUUGCAAGCCAAGAGUUGGACCCAGAAGAGAAUAUAGGAGAUCAGGAUGAGCAAAACACUCAGAAUGCAAAGAAAAAAGUAAAACUGGAUCUUAAAGAAAGCAGUUUAAGAAACAAAGAAACAAAAAUAGAAGCCACUGGAUUUUUGGAAAAAAAUGAGGAAUCCCUUCCAGCAGAAAACCAGAAAGAAGAAAUCAAAAAAGAACAACCAGAACCUAGUACAGAUAAAUGUGGAGAUGAUUCAAGUUAUCUACCUGGUAAACGUUUGCUAAUGGAAUUCAGAUCAUUGGUUGUUACUCAACCAAGGAAAACCAGUUGUCCAGCAAAUUCAGACUACAGGCAUCUGAACAACUUUAAAAAAUUUAAAAAGAUAGUUUAUCCUGGGGCAGGGAGGCUUCCAAAUAUUAUUGGAGGAUCAGAUCUGAUAGCUCAUCAUGCUAGAAGAAACCCUGACAUGGAAGAUUGGUUGAGACAAGAAAUGGAGGAGCAGAAUUGCCAAACAAGAGAGGAGUCACUUGCAGAUGAUCUGUUCCGGUAUGAUCCGCGAAUAAAAAGAAGAUAAUUGUACCUCUAAUUGCUUGCUAGUAAUAAACUGCAGUAUCAGAGUUACUUUAUAAUCAACCACAUCUGCUGAAAAUGAAGGUUUUAAAAAGAAUGUUUCUGUUUAUAAGAAACAGAACUUGACACUAGUCCCAAUUAGUGAUGGAUCCAAAACUAGCCAAUUUUCUUGUAGGUUUUGAAAUAUUAACCCAAAGGAAAAUAUUAAACCUCUCAAUCUGAGCGGGAGAGGAAUUUAAGCUUCCUGCAUUUGCAUAAUCUUUCAAGCCUCCUCCAGCCUUGUUACUAUUUAGUGAAAUUCUCCACCUACGUUUGUGCUGCAUGUCGGGUCCAAGGAAUUGAGGGGAAUGCUUAGAAAACCCAUUGAAUGGCACCGAGAACCUUGCUUUCCGUUUUUCCAUUAAAUACACAUUUGUAGCUUGCGGUGAAAACUAGUGGAUGAGGGAAAGGCCUUUUCCUCCUGACACAUUGCUGUUCUUGGAGUAGCUAGAAGGUGUAGUGAAAGAGGCACAGGAAGAGGCAGAUGAUUCUGAACAUAUUGCCAUGUAUCUAUAGAAUUGUGGGAAUAAGAUUUGGGCUGAUAUUAGAGAUUUCAUCAAAACGAUCUUGGAACCAGUCUUGAAAAUGCCAAGCUUUUAAUAGCAUUCCAACAAGAAAGUUUUGGUUCUGGUUUUUGCUGACCAAGGAGUUUGCCCAUUGAUACUGAGCCUAAUAAGUUUUAUGCCUUUAGAAUUCCAUUUCAAGCCACAUUUUAAGAACUUUCUAUGAAAGCUUUUGUUUUUAUAAAAAGAAAUGGAGACACCACAUUUUAAAAGGUAAUUUUAAAGUGUUUGUUUAAUUUAUGCAUUGCAACUAUUUCUAUUUAUAAAAGAUGGCCCUUUUAAUAAGUCACACUUUAUUGAUCUGUAAGUCAGAUAUUACAGACUAGUCCUUGUAAUAUUUAACUCCCUUAACUAGUUCUAAGAAAAAGAUCCUGAUCAGGGAAUUUGAAGUAGGAUGUGCUAAAUUCUUUUCACAAUGGAUUUUUGUGGUGUUUCUGCCUGCUCAAAUAUGCUAUAAAAAGUUUUUCAUAUCAUAUUUUAAAUUUAGGAGUCUUUACUGUCAAUUUGAAUCACUCCAAUAUACAUUUGCACUACAUAUUAUGCUGGAUAAAUGAAUAUUCUGUUGGUUUAGCUGAGUUAUUUCAACUGGAGAAUCAUACCACCAAGCAGCCAUUUGUGUAAUCUAACCAAUAAAUGAUUUCUGUGAGGAAA